AUGCUUGGGUAUUUACAAAACUCGAAAGUUUUACGAAUUAGCGGAAAUCCAAUCAAAGUUGCAACCUGUGAAUUCAUCACCACAGCAAUUGAACAAUUGGAUUUAUCAAGCAAAGAAAUUGAAAAAGUUCAACUAACAUUCUCAGCGGGCUCAAACACAAAUCUCAAAGCCCUUUCUUUGAAAGAUAAAAAACUGACUCAGUUUUCAAUGGCAUCCAUCGGUCACGUCUUUAAUGGAGUUGAGCACAAUAACUUGCGUGAAUUGUCUUUAAUUGGUAAUGAUUGCAUAAAUGAAACCAAAAUGGAUCAAUUUAUGGCAUUAUUGCGCCCAUCUGUCAAGUAUUUACGAUCGACUGAAAGAUGGAUUAACUUUUAUGCAUCACACAAUCAUAUGUAA